AUGUCAGCCACCGACUCAAUCAAUCAACCCACAACCCCAUCCGCAUCCACAUCCGCAACCAAACCCGGCACCAUGAGUGCAGCUGGCCCUGCUCCCAAAACCAACUCAGAAGCUGCAGCCUCUGUGGCACCAAGCAAGACAGAAUCAUCGGCUGCCGCUACGGGCUCUGCUGCUCCCGCUUCUGCCGCUUCUGCCGCUGCGCCUGCGUCUGCUUCGGCUCCUGCCCCUGGCCCCGCUCCUGCCGCCCCGCCGUCCAAAGCCACAACCGGGGACUCGACUCCCCAAGCAACAGCAGCACGCUCAGCCAAUGCAGCCACUACCACUGCGGCCGCUACUACUGCCAAUACCACCACCGCCACUACCAACACCUCGGCUACCUCAGCAGAGUCGGCGCCUGCUGCCAAAGAUGCCAAGGCCCCGCCUGCAGGCUUGGCGCGACGCACAAGCAGUCGGCGUGCCCAUCAGCUUCGUGUCAAAAUGGUUGAUGUGAACCAAUACAUCGUGUGCCAGAUUUGCAUGGGCUACAUUGUCAACGCCACUACCAUUAGCGAGUGCCUUCACAGCUUUUGCCGAUCGUGCAUCGUCAAGCAUUUUCGCAAAUCCAAAAUAUGCCCCGUUUGUAACCAGCAAGCUCAUGAAACAGCGCCGCUCGACACCCUCCGGCAAGAUCGUACGCUGCAAUCCAUCAUCAACAAGCUUUUGCCCGAUGUGGCUGAAGCCGAACGCGAGGCACGACGAGCUUUUUACGGCAUUGAAGAUGAACCGGACGCGAAACCCGGUUCUACCACCACUGCGACCACUAAUGGCGAGCCCACCCCCAAGCGCCAAAAGAUGGAUGAUUUGAUUGAUUUUGUCAUGCAAAAGGCUGAUUGGUCGGAUCAAGACGCGGAAGAUUUGGGUGACGUUGUUUCCAAGCUGACGGAGCUGCCCAAGCCUUUUAUUCGUACCAGUGCUGCCGUCACCAUUUUGCACUUGAAAAAGUUUCUAGCCAAGAAACUGGCGUUGGAGGAGCCGGAUGACGUCGAAAUCUUGUGCAAUGGCGAGGUUCUCGGCCGAGAAUAUAGCCUAGAGUAUGUGGCUCGCACCCGCUGGCGUGACACGGCUCAGCUCUUGACGCUCCAGUUUCGGCCGCGCUCUGUCUAUUAA